AUGGAACUUCGGGUUAGGUCGGGAAGAGAAGGGGAGGAGAGUAGGCAGAACCAGGGCAGCCCUAAUGCCUGCAUAACCAAAGAUAUAAAAGUGCUGCUUGCUGAAACAAUAAACGGAAUCACUCACCACCUUCGGCUCCCUCCCUAUUCAUUGUCCGAGAGAUCAGGCCCUUUGCUAGGUUGCAAGUUGGGUGUUGGGACAGAGGACCUCAACAAGUGGCGCCCAGACGUGGGGCAAUUACACGGUGGAGCCACAGCGUGUGCACCCAUGAUCCCCAAGGUGCCUCCUUCCGAGAAGAGGACGGAGAAGAGCAGGAGGGAAGACUACGAGUAUGCACAGCCUUGGGUCAGGUUCAAAAUUCUCAGCGAGAAAGGCUUCAUUUUCUCAUCUCCGAGGCAACCCAGUUUCAAAGCUGGUGAGUCCCUAGCUUCCACUUGCUCCAAUCUAAUUUUUAAGGUAGUAUUUUCUUCAGUGGUCUUUUGGACCUCCUUUUCCUUUUGUCCUGCAUUAGAAUUUCUCAUCUCCUUGUAUCACUGUGACAAGAAACCCUUGUGCCCUGAUGUACCAUUUACCAAAGCCACAGCACCCACAGAAGCUGAUCUGCAAAUUAAAAAAAUCAGGGAGCGGCUAGACCAGUUCAUUCCACAUAGGCCAUUCUCUCAUAUCAGCAGCACCACGAGUGCAGCCCACAGUGUGGCCACUAUCUUUAAUGCCAAAACCACCUACUGCAGAGGGGAUCAGCUAGAUAUUCUCCUGGAGGUGAGAGACUUCUUGGGGCAAAGGAAGAAAUAUGGAGGGGACUUCUUAAUGGCCAGGAUUUCUUCCCCAGAUCUAAAGGCAGGGGCUUCAGGAAGAGUGACUGACUUUAACAAUGGCACCUACCUUGUCAGCUUCACUUUAUUCUGGGUGGGCAGAAUCUCUGUGUCUCUUCUGCUCAUCCACCCCAGUGAAGGGGUGUCUGCCCUCUGGAGAGCAAGGAAUAGGAGCUAUGAUAAGGUGAUUUUCACAGGCCAGUUUGCCAGUGGCUCAUCCCGGGUCUUCACUGAAUGUGGCCUUGUUUUAAACACAACUGCUGAACUGUGUCAGUACCUGGACCCUCGAGACCAAGAAGCCUUCUACUGUGUGAAACCUCCACAAGUGUCCUGUGAUGCACUGACCUACCUGAAAUCUAAGAAUAAGGCAGUUUCUUAUCUCAGCAACCUAGAGAAGAGACUCUUUGUCAGGUCCAAGAUGGGAAUGGAAAUUAUGAAGAACUUUAAUUCCAUUGAAGUUUCAAGUUGUAACAACCAAAAGGCACCAGUGGCAGAGAGAUGCAAGCUUGACCUGAAGUCCUCAAUCCCUGAUGGAUAUGUCUGGAACAACACGUGGAAUCUGUUCUCCUGCAAUUUGUCCCAGUUCCAGACCGAGACUGAAAUAAAAGAUUGUCUGAAGGGGAAGCUCAUUUAUAUAAUAGGAGACUCCACGACCCGUCAGUGGAUGAUGUACUUCACAAAAAAAAUCGAGACACUGAAGUCCAUUGACCUCCAUGGAUAUGGGAAACUCCGUCGUCAACUGGUUGUGGACUUGGAAAAGAACAUCUGCAUUCAGUGGCAAAGACAUGGCUACCCUUUGGUUGGCUCACACAGCUACUCAGCAAAAGAGAAUGAGUACCUCGCCCGUGUCAUUGACAGGAUACCAGGAGACAGAAACACUAUUAUUGUCUUUUCUCUGGGCCAACACUUUAGAUUCUUCCCCAUUGACAUCUUUAUCCGAAGGGCCAUUAAUGUUCAUAAGGCCAUUGAACGCUUGUUCCUGAGAAGCCCAGACACCAAAGUAAUCCUUAGGGGUGAAAAUACCAGGGGAAUUAAUAAUGAUCCUGAGAGAGUUAGUGACUUUCAUGGUUAUAUCCAGUCUUUGGUUUUGAAAGACGUUUUCCAGGAUCUAAGUGUGGGCAUCAUUGAUGCCUGGGACAUGUCCAUUGCCUAUGGCAGUAAUGAUGUCCAUCCACCUGCAUAUGUGAUUGGGAAUCAGAUUAACAUGUUCUUAAAUUAUAUUUGCUAG